ACCCGAUAAUUUGUAGUAUAAAAUGCACUGUGACCAAGUGCGCGCCAUUGCAGUAGCCAAAGCGCCGCGCCAGCAGUCACAAAUCACAAAUCACGAAAAGCACAGCCGCGCGUCAACAACUCCUAAAAAUAUGAAAAAUCUCAUUUUUUUGCUCUGUUGCAGUGCACUCCUGCACGCCAUCGGCAGCGCUGUGGCCAAGCCGGCUCCACAUGGCAUCACCACCACCACCGUCGCGCGCACACCCGCUGUCCUGACCGCGCCCUCUUACACGGUCGCUGUAACGCCCGUCGUCACGGCGCAUAGCCAUCAAGUGGUCGCGCACAACUACAAUGGCCUCUACGUGCCCGCCGGCUAUGUGCCAACCGCGUAUCCCUACUCCUACUCCUAUCCGGCGACGACCUACCGCUACGGUUACGGUUAUUACCCGGCUUACGGCUAUACUUAUGGCUAUGGCACCGCUGUGCCGACGACGGCCUUGUGGCGGUGAUGUGUUAACGCUAAUAUGCGCAAAGCUCAUGCGGGCGCGAGCCGGUGCCAGCAUGUGUGUGCGGGUGUAUGAGUGUGUGUGUGUGUGUGGGUGUCUGCGUGCGGUGAAGUGCGGAUUUGCCAGGAUACGCGCUGCUGAGUUGAUGAGUUUGAGUUUGUUUUAUGUAACGGUGAAGCAGCCGCUUGAUGUGCACUCUUAUCUGCAAUAUUUUUGCACUUGGCUUGAUGUGUGGCAGGAUAGACGGCGGUUCAUGAGCGACCGUGCAACGUGUGGGCUUUGCAGCAGCGCGACGGCGUGGCGCGUGUGUCGUUUGGUGUGGCAUGCAAUCUCUGUGGCAGGCAGCGGCUAAAUACGAUGUUAUGAAAUAUGUACUCACAAGCAUACACACACAUACACACUUGUAUAAGUUAAAUAUUUUGCAUUUAAAUAAAUAACAGUAAACGAACUAA